UCGCCUGACCGAAUCAAUUUAUCGGAUAUCCGCUUCGAUUCCAUUCGCUCACAGUGGACAUAUGCGAUCAUGAUCUCAUAUCAUUUACAUGGUUGACUUUUCCUUCUAAUUUUCUCCGGUCAUACGAACAUAAACAAAUCAGUUUUUCCAACUCCCCCUAAAUUUCAACACCCAAAACCUCUCUCUCUCUCUCUAUACAAACAUGGACGGCGGAGUCGCGGCGGAGCAAGGGACGGUCACCUGUGCGUCGUGGAUCAGGCGGCCGGAGGAUGCUCAUCUAGUUGCCCUAGGGAAGUCCAAGCAUGGCGAUCUCCCUGCCUCUUUCCAGAUCUUCUCAUUCGAUCGUCUCACCACAUCCCUUUCUUCAUCUCCUUCGGUUACUUUCGAGUUUGAAGACGGAUGCGAUCCAGUGAGUCUAGCGGUGCAUCCAAGCGGUGAUGAUAUUGUCUGCUCUACAACCAAGGGCGGUUGCAGGCUGUUUCAAUUGUAUGGCCAAGAGAAAAAUGUUAAGUUGUUGGCCAAAAACCUAAAACCUCUCGAAGAUGUGGGAGCACAGAGGUGCCUAGCCUUUAGUCCUGAUGGAUCUAGAUUUGCUACCGGAGGGGUGGAUGGGCAUCUUAGAAUAUAUGAAUGGCCGAGCAUGCGUGUGAUAGUAGAUGAAUCAAAAGCUCACAAGUCAUUCAACGAUAUGGAUUUCAGCCUAGAUUCGGAGUUCUUAGCAUCAACAUCCACCGAUGGCUCCGCUAGGAUUUGGAAUACAAGUGAUGGUGUUCCAGUCAACUCGUUGACUCGAAAUUCUGAUGAGAAAAUUGAACUAUGUCGAUUUUCUAAGGAUGGAACAAAACCUUUUUUGUUUUGCACUGUCCAAAAAGGUAAUAAAUCAAUCACAGUUGUCUGGGACAUCAGUACUUGGAACAGAAUUGGGUUUAAAAGACUUCUUAGAAAGCCUGCUUGUGUAAUGUCGAUCAGUUUGGAUGGGAAAUAUUUAGCUCAGGGAAGUAAAGAUGGUGAUGUAUGUGUUGUAGCAGUGAAAAAGAUGGAAGUCUGUCACUGGAGUAAGAGGCUUCACUUGGGCUUUUCAGUCACCUCCCUGGAGUUCUGUCCUAGUGAAAGGGUUAUUCUUUCCACUUCAAAUGAAUGGGGAGCUAUGGUAACCAAGUUAAAUGUUCCUGUAGAUUGGAAAGAGUGGCAGAUAUAUCUGGUGCUUAUAGGACUUUUUUUGGCAUCUGCGGUCUUGUUCUACAUAUUCUUCGAGACUUCUGAUUUGUUUUGGAACUUCCCACUCGGGAGAGACCAACCUGCACGACCGAAACUUGGUUCGUUCUUACCAGACCCUCAAUCUGAUGAUCAGAACAUGUGGGGUCCUGUCGACAUGUAAACAUGGGUUGUUGCCUCGUACUUUUUGGAUUGGAUUCCUGAUAAAUGAAUUUUCAGCCAACUUGACGGUAAAAAGAGGAAUUAUGACUUGUAAGUGACUUGAUCGUUUCUAUUCCUCGUGGAACUUGCACGGUUUACUAACAGUAUGCCAAGAACAAAAAUGUUGUUCUUAACCAAAUUGGUUAUUCUUGAGGUCUGUAACAGAAAAAAAGACCGGUAACUGAUGACCCCUACGUAAUUUAUGUCGUUUUGUUUGUAGUAUUCUUCUUUUUCUAAA